AUGUCGGCAAAGCACUUCAUCAACGACCCCACACACCUGGUCAACGCCGCCUUGCAGGCUAUAACGCUCACCAACCCGAGCGUGGCGCUUGACGCCGCUAACAAGGUAGUGUACCGGCGGCCUGGCUACGGCAGCAGCCAGCAAAAGGUGUCCAUCAUCAGCGGCGGCGGCUCCGGACAUGAGCCGUCCUUCGCGGCUAUGGUCGGCACAGGCCUCCUCAGUGCCGCCGUCGCCGGCACCAUCUUUGCGAGCCCGAGCGCCGAGCAAGUGCGUGCCGCCAUCAUGGCGCGGGUCGACAACAACGAGCCUAGCAGCUCGACGGCCGAGUCUGGCGGCGUGCUGGUCACGGUCAUGAACUACACGGGCGACGUGCUCAACUUUGGCAUGGCGGUCGAAAAGGCGCGCGCUGCUGGUGUCAACGCCGAGAUGGUGGUGGUUGGCGACGAUGUCGGCGUCGGGCGGGCCAAAGCCGGCAAAGUCGGCCGUCGUGGCAUUGCCGGCACCGUCCUGGUGCACAAGAUCAGCGGCGCCCUGGCAGUGCAGGGACGGAGCUUGGCCGAGGUUGCCAAGGUCGCGAGGCUGACGGCGGAGAAUCUGGUGAGCGUCGGCGCAAGCCUCGACCAUGUCCACGUCCCGGGGCGAGCUCCGCCAGACCUCAACUCUGCUGAGCACCUCAAAGACCGUGAGCUUGAGCUGGGGAUGGGUAUCCACAACGAGGCUGGGUCGAGUCGCGAGACGGCCAUUGAGCUGCCGGGGCUGGUGCGCAAGAUGCUGGCACAGCUUCUGGAUCCGAACGAUGCGGACCGAGCGUUCGUCAGGGUCAAUUCGAACGAAGUGGUGCUCCUAGUCAACAAUCUAGGCGGCGUCAGCGUGCUGGAGCUGGGCGGCAUCCUGACCGAGGUCGUGACGCAGCUAGACAAAGGGCACGGCAUAAAGCCAGUGCGUAUCCUGAGCGGGACUUUCAUGACGAGCUUGAACGGGCUGGGAUUCAGCAUCAGCCUCCUGAACGUGGUUAAUACGGACAUUGGCGGCCCAAGCAUGAUCGACCUGCUCGACUACCCCUGCGAGGCCACGGGCUGGUCCACUCCCAUCAGCAAGCUCACAUGGGAGGAGAAGAACACGGCGACAAGACAGCAAGACGCAUCAGUCGGGUUUAACUCUGGCCCGAGCGGCCUGAAGCUCGACCCGAAGGCGGCACAGACAGCACUAAUCAAUGCUCUUGAGAGCGUCAUCGCAGUUGAGCCCGAGGUGACCCGUUAUGAUACCGUGGUGGGAGAUGGCGAUUGUGGAAUUGGACUCAAGCGAGGUGCCGAAGCGGUCCUAAAACACCUCUCAUCGCAGCCACUGUCAGGGGAUGCAGUCAUCGAUGUCGCCAACAUCGUCCCUGUCAUCGAAAUGGAGAUGGACGGCACCUCCGGGGCGCUUUAUGCCAUAUUCCUCAAUGCUCUAGUGGCCGCUCUGAGAUCGGAAGCGGCAGCACAGAGCGAGGCAUCGCCCCAAGUCUGGGCCAGCGCACUCGAUCAGAGCUGCGAAGCACUCUCCAAGUACACGCCAGCCCGCCCAGGUGACCGCACACUUGUGGAUGCGCUGUACCCAUUUGUCGAAGUCCUUGGCAAGACGGGCGACGUGAAGCAGGCUGCCGAGGCGGCCCAGUCGGCAGCCGAAGGCACAAAGGGGAUGAAGGCCAGCUUGGGCCGGACAGUCUACAUUGGCGGAUCCGGGUUCGAGCAAGUUCCCGACCCAGGAGCUUGGGGCCUAGCGAGCUUCUUUCUCGGGCUUGCCGGCGUGAAGAAGGAGAAGGGGGACGAGGAGUGGGAGACGCUCUAG